GAUCAAUGUCGAGAAGGGUUGCCAUACAGACCUUGCCUGUGCCUGCCUGCUGCAAUUGUCAACACUCAACAUUAGUGCAGGAUGUUAAGCCAGGAAAGCCUGGAGGAAAAGUUUAACAAACUCCUAUUCGAUACUAACAAGUGCAGCAAUGCUGCGAAUUGGAAGGUGCUGGGUCAAGAGCAGGAUGGAUUUGUCCUGUCCUGGGAAAGCAAGGAUGGCAUGCUGAAGGACUCCCACACCAGAGUUGGAUUCGUUGAUUUAGAGUACAAAAACUUAAAGAUACUGCACAAUUUUGGCGAAAAGAGGUGCUUGGUGCAAGCCACAGUCAACAAAAAUAAAUCCUUAAUCGGCUACACAGUCAAGACUGGAAAUGAUCUCUACGAAAUCUUCCUCACUUCAGUUCAUGAGAGAAAGGAGAACAGAAUUUCCUCCUCCCCGACCCAGGCCGCCAUCCAGUUUUUACACAGGACCAAAGAUCCCGUUUGUACAACCGAUGAUAUAAAGCUAAAGGAAAAGUUUCUAGUCUUCAUGCACCAGCAAAAUAUAACUCUGAACCAGGUUGAGCUGUCAAAGACUGCUGAUGACAAAUGGUUCCAGUCUAGUUCAAUCUCUUCAGACAUAAUAGUGAGGCAAUUCAGUUGGGCACAGUGGGACCCGCAUUUGCAGAGUCUGUUUUAUGUGAGCGUCAAAGCGGCACCUUCUAGGCUCAUGCAGGGCGAAGAGGACGAGUUUGAACGCGUCACUCGACCUCCUCAACCUUCCCUCUCCUGUCUGCAGUUCCACGACGACUUGCCCCACGAGACAGUGCUCAACAUCCCUUUGAACCUGCCAGAAGGGACAGCGCCCCCGGUUGGGCUUCCUGGACCAGAAAAUCAGUAUUGUGAAAAUCCAGUGCCAUUGAAGAUCCAUGAUAACACUCUGGAGCUGUCCAUCAUUUGCAACAGUAAGGGACUGGCCUACGUUUGUCAUCAUUACAUCUACUAUGGAAAGGAAGGCGACGUGGAGAUCGAUGAGGAUGAUUGCGUCAAUUUUGCCUAUUCAGUGACAGCACUCCACCAUUGCUGUGUGAUCGAGUGCGUCAUCUCUGACGUCCCAGCCAACCUGGCGUACAAUGUCCUGCCAACCUUUGUCCUGCACGGAGAACAACACCUGCUGGUGUUCGCCUCAGAUCUCUUCACGCACCUGCUUGACAUCGGCUCGGCACACGAACCAUGCAACCACGUGAUAAUUUCUCCCCCUCUCACCCUCCCGCUGUAUCCUUCUCCACUGAACAACGCACCGGUCAAGCUAGGGGCGCUUAUGCUUGAUCUGUCUAGUCUCGAAAUGUUCACUGUCAAGGUCACCAAGAGCCAGCUGUCCAUGAGCUUUCGCUUUGACCACAGCUGCCAGAACAGAAUUGCCAUCCUGCAUCAACUGCUGCAGCACUACCACGACUAUGAGACGGUUUCAGACCUAAUGAAGUGGCUGGUGAAAUCGGAGUCAAGGAACCUGACAACCGCCAAGUUGAUUCAAGAACUGCUGGUCGGCACAGCUUACGCCAAUGCAACAAGAAACAUCCCCAACGACGCUCUUCCUCUGAUCUCAAUUCUACCGCUCACCACGGCCAGCAAGCAGCCCAGAGCUGGUGUCGUUUGGCUGCAGCAAAAGGAGUUGUGGAACACGGCAAUGACUCUACUGUCGCCGCAACAGAGACUGGUGCCCUACAGAGCAGACACCUGGACCAGACUGUGGGACGCUGCUCACAGCAAACCCAGUGAAAGGUUCAGUCCUAGCCAUGUGGCAGACAAGCUGAUGCUCUCAUUACUGUGCUAUCAGCCUGAAGCUCUGUCCAGAAGCAGCACUCCCCUUUCGCCAGGCGCGGGGAUCUGUUCCAUUUCGUCCGCAUUGCCUGAUUUAGUACGCAGCAGCCGCGAGGGUGGCAAAGAAAGCUUCAACAGCCAGCUGCCGUUUCAAGAAUCGGAAACGUGCACGGCCAGCAAGCAGGAGUACGUGGUUGCUGUGAACUUGCGCGAGUUGAGCAUGCACCUGCUGAAGGGCGCCACUCAGGGCCCUCGGCCCAUUUUCUGUCCAUCACCGAUGCAUGUCCACGCUGUCGCGACUCGGUUUGUCGGAGCGCAGCUGGAAGCGUCACGCCAGGUGUGUCGCCUCUUGGCUGCAUGUGCCGGCGUUGAGGUGCAAAAACACGGAGACAAGGGAUUUCUUCUCAUUGAUCAACUUGACGAAAAUCGACGAAAGGCCUUGUUCAUUAUGAUGGAACGCUUCCUUUACUGUGCUGAGGCAUUGGCUUUUCCCGUCCCGCAAGGCUUCACUUCCUUCUUUGCCUACCUGGGCUACAGAACGCUGCCGUGGCCGCACUUCCUGCAGUACACGCGUCGACACGUGUUUGAGUUGCACGUUGAUGCCAUCAAGGCCAUAUUUGGAGACAUGACGGAGAAGAGGCUGGGCGUUAGCUACAAGGUGGGCCUGCUGCAGUUGCUUCCGCGGACGAGGGCCAGACGCAUUUUGAACCAGUGGGGUCACCCAAUUAGCUACAUGUACCGCGCCAGGGAGCACGCCCUGCUGCUGCUGUCUGGAGAGUCGGCCAACAGGGACCACAGGCAGGUCACGCAACGGCGAAACAUUUCCUCAAGAGGGAUUGCUGCAUUUCCAUCAGCGGACCGGCUGUCUCCGCUGGACACGUUUCUUGAUUUGCUGACUGCUAAAGCAAGUUUAACUGAACUAGACAUCCCUCUUCUUGUGGAGGCUACAAUCACCUCAACAGAAGACUUCCUUAUCUAACUCCGCAGGAAGAUACCAAAAAAUCAAAUUUUAUGGUACAGUUUUUACUUUACUUUUGAGCUUUUUUUAUGUGAUUUAAUUCCUAUUAAUGUGGCUGUAUUUUUAAAAAUUUCUUGUUUAAAAAAAUAUACACUUCCAGUUAGUAUGAAUCA